AUGGGCUUAACAGCAGGGGGUGCCUCGAGGCCGAUCACCGACGUCUUCACAAACGAUACAGACAUCGACCGCCGCAAACUCACCCGCGUAGUGCCUAUGAAGGUACUCUGCCUAGGUCUCGGACGCACAGGAACAGCAUCCCUCCGCGCAGCCCUCAAACAGCUGGGCUACGUCGACACCUACCACAUGCUCAACGCGAGCGCCGAGAACCCGCCCGACUGCCUCCUCUGGAGCGAAGCCCUCGCCGCCAAGUUCGACGGCGUCGGCUCCUUCGGCAAGGACAAGUGGGACGCGCUCCUCGGGCACUGCCAGGCCGUCUGCGACUGGCCGGCCGCCUCCUUCGCGGAGGAGCUCAUCGCCGCGUACCCGGACGCUAAGGUGCUUCUCACUACGCGCGACGUCGACCGCUGGCACCAGUCCGCCCUCGGCACCGUCAACUACCGCGCCAACGACCCCUUCCUGUGGGCGCUGUCGUACGUCGACUGGGCGUCCUCAAUGUACUACCCGAUGCUGCACAAGUACUGGAGCACUAUCUUUAAGGGCGACUUCGAGAAGCACGGCAAGCAGGUAUUCCUCGAGCACAACGAGCACAUCCGUAGUAUUGUGCCCGAGGAGAACCUGCUCGAGUUCAGGAUGAGCGACGGGUGGGAGCCGCUGUGCAAGUUUCUGGGGUGUCCCGUGCCGGACACGCCGUUCCCGUACGUGAACGAGGGGGACUCGUUUAUCGGGCGCACGAGGAGGCGCAACUUCAUGCAGCUGUGCAAUGUGCUCUUUAGGUGGAUGACGUGGGGUAUGGCUGGAUGGGGCAUGUUUUCUGUUGCGCAGACGUGGAAUGUUCAUAAGUACUUGAUGUAG